GGUCUUUGUGACGCGGCGGCGGCGACGACCGCGGACACAAAGGGAAAGGCGAGGAGGCGAACGAGGGGCUGGGCCUGUCCCCGCCCCGCGACCCCCGCCCACCGUGUGCGCGUGCCCGGUCGCUCGCUCCCCUCGUCCCCAUCUCCCCCACGCGGGCUCGCACCCUCGCGCGCACCCUUCGCGCUCCCGCGAACGUCGCACGCGCCCGGACCCACCGACUUCGUCCCGAGCGCGGCGAGCCGGGGGCCUGACGGGUGCUGCGGGUGGGGCGGGGGAUGCUGAAGGGUUUUUCCUGACAGGCGCGGCGGCGCGGCUGCUAGGAGGCGCCCGGGGAGCGGCGGGGCUCUCGGCGCGCGGCUGGAUGCCCCGGGCCUGCGGCUCCCUGCACUUCCCGCCGUCCAGGGGCGCCAGUCAUGGGCGCCGCGACCGCUGAGGCGCCGCUCCGGCUGCCUGCCGCGCCCCCACUCGCCUUCUGCUGCUACACGUCGGUGCUGCUGCUCUUCGCCUUCUCUCUGCCCGGGAGCCGCGCGUCCAACCAGCCCCCGGGUAGCGGCGGCGGCGGCGGCGGCAGCGGCGGGGACUGUCCCGGCGGCAAAGGCAAGAGCAUCAACUGCUCAGAACUAAAUGUGAGGGAGUCUGAUGUCAGAGCCUGCGAUGAAUCCUCGUGUAAAUAUGGAGGAGUGUGUAAAGAAGAUGGAGAUGGUUUGAAAUGUGCAUGCCAAUUUCAGUGCCAUACAAAUUAUAUUCCUGUGUGUGGAUCAAAUGGGGACACUUACCAGAAUGAGUGUUUUCUCAGAAGGGCUGCUUGUAAGCACCAGAAAGAGAUAACAGUAGUGGCCAGAGGACCAUGCUACUCCGAUAAUGGCUCAGGAUCUGGAGAAGGAGAAGAGGAAGGGUCUGGGGCAGAAGCUCACAGAAAACACUCCAAGUGUGGACCCUGCAAAUACAAAGCCGAAUGUGAUGAAGAUGCAGAAAAUGUUGGGUGUGUAUGUAAUAUUGAUUGCAGUGGAUACAGUCUUAAUCCUGUGUGUGCUUCUGAUGGGAGUUCAUAUAACAAUCCCUGUUUUGUUCGAGAGGCAUCUUGUAUAAAGCAAGAACAAAUUGACAUAAGGCAUCUUGGCUAUUGCAAAGAGACAGAUGAUACUAGUUUGUUGGGAAAGAAAGAUGAUGGACUACAGUAUCGACCAGAUGUGAAAGAUGCUAGUGAUCAAAGAGAAGAUGUUUAUCUUGGGAACCACAUGCCUUGCCCUGAAAACUUGAAUGGUUUCUGCAUCCAUGGGAAAUGUGAAUUCAUUUAUUCUACUCAGAAGGCUUCUUGUAGAUGUGAAUCUGGUUACACUGGACAGCACUGUGACAAGACAGACUUUAGUAUCCUCUAUGUGGUGCCAAGUAGACAAAAGCUCACUCAUGUUCUCAUUGCAGCAAUUAUUGGAGCUGUACAGAUCGCCAUUAUAGUAGCAAUUGUCAUGUGCAUAACAAGAAAAUGUCCCAAAAAUAAUAGAGGACGCCGGCAGAAGCAAAACCUAGGUCAUUUUACUUCAGAUACGUCAUCCAGGAUGGUUUAAACUGAUGACUUUUAUAUGUACACUGACCAUGUGAUAUACAUUUAUUAUGUCUUUUUUUAAAGAAUGGAGAUAUUUA